UCAGUGCCCCUCUCCUCACCUCAGUGCUCCUCUCCUCUCCUUGGUUCUCCUCUCCGGUGGCUGAUCGCAUCACUUCUAUAGUUUCCUUUCCAGGAAUGAUUCCACAUUUAGCUGUUAUCAACUUCGCUUGCACCCUCACUGGUAGUACCUUCCUUUCAGCUUGCCGCUCUAACCUUCGUUUCAGCAGCGUGACCAGCGUAAAUUAGCCUGCAGGCCGAGUUUUGAGUCGACUACAACAUCGAGUCGAGACCCGCGUAGAUUUGCCAGCAGCGUUUCAAAGGCCUCGGUAGUUCCUACAAGCCAUCAUGUGUUUCCCACCGGAGAUCAAGCGAGCCCCUCUCGGCCUCGUCGGUCCCUCCUCCAAUCCCAAUCUCCCGUCAGAUGACCUUCCUAAUCGUCCACGCGUUUCAGAAGAAUUCGACCAAGCAGUUUCUCAAUUCAUGGCCGUUUUUCAAGCUCAGGAACCGGCGGUGAAAAAAAUGGGGGUACCGGGGGUACCGGCGGGUAAACAGCACCAAGCUUCAUUUCAACAGCAGACGGCGACGCAGCGGAAUGAGCAGACCGCGAGCCAGCAGCACCUCCUGGCCCAGCUACGGAGGCGAGUUAAUUCAACGAUCAGCCGUCAGCAGCCAACUUCAGCCGUCGGAUCUCCGUCAACCGGCAUCCGCGGCAGUUCCUUGGCUUUCCCAUCUAUUGUCGCCGAGACUCCUUCUCUACUCUCCGCUGCUGCUUCUGCUGCUUCCUUCCAACAAGCAUCCGCCAUUCCGCUCGCAUUCACCUCUCAUCCUCUUCUUUCCGCGUCUCCUGGGAUUCCCGCCGGGGGUUCGGCGCCUCUGGGGAUUCCCGCAUCAAUUGUUCUGAAUCAGAUCCUGACGAACGGAUCACACGUCGGAUCAGGCGUGACAGUACCCGGCGUGAGUGUAUCAGGUGCUAUCCCCCUUACUAGCAACAUCGGGUCAGGUAUAAGCCACCUCAGCCACAGCAACAUCGCAGGUGCGGGCUCUAUCAGCUCUCUUACUCCGAUCAGCCCUAUCAGUCCUCUUAGCAGCAAUUUCGCCAGCAGCGGCGCGAGGCUGGAAUCCGACGAGGACGACGAGAAGAAGGUCCGUCGGAUCCUGUCGAAUCGCCAGUCGGCGAAGCGCUCGCGGCAGCGGAAGCGCGAGCGACUGGACGAGCUGGAGGACGAGGUGGCGGCUCUGACGCGCGCGUGCGAGGAGGCGAACCGGAAGCUCAAGGAGGCAGAGGCGAGCAUGGAAGGCAUGCGCGAUGCGAAUCAGCGGAUGAAGGACGAGGUAGAGCGGUUACGGAGGGAGAUCGGUGCGACUGGGAGGCAAUCGCAGGUUCCGUCGCAGCUCCCGUCGGCGGUGUCGCCUGCUUGUCGCACAGCGGAUUUCGUCGAAGCUGUUCCGGCCUGCGACGAGACAGCACACGUGCAGAAGAGAUUGCGGACGAUUGAACACGAUGCGGAAUUGAAGGGUUCGGUGGCUGAAGUAGCCGUAUACAAGGCCAGUGGGCCCAGCUCGCCGUCCAGUGACGUCACGCGGACGGACUAUACCUGUACUGAUCCGGUUCAUAAGGAAGAAGCUGUCGUUGAGGAUGGGCUAGGGAUCUUCGGAGGGGGUUUGGCAGGUAUGGAUGACAUGGGUUGCUUACUGGGAGAUGUUUCUCCUCAGGGCUUGGAGUUGUUGGAUGAUGCCCUGGUGAGAGCCAUGCUGGAUUGCAUGGGAGAAGGGGAGUUGAAUCAGCUUCAGUGUUAGAUGAGUGUGUGGUCAUUUAGCUACUGUAUUCUCAGCACUGGCUAUUUAAGGACCUCUUAUCAUCUCAUCAAUCUUUGCAUGGAAAUGCAAACUUGAUACAGU